CGGGAGUUGGUUUAAAUAGACAUUUAUAUAUAGAGUACUUCAACGUUUCAAAGUUCUAAAGCAGAGUUAAUGGAGAUGGCUGCCCUCGCGUUUUUCAGAGUUAAGAAUUUUGCUGGCUUAUUUCCGUAUUCUUCUUCUCCUUCUUCUUCUUGAAGCUAUAUUUAUCCAGUUUUAGGUUUCAAAAAGAAAACUAGGUAUUGCUUUAUUCUUAAAAAUACUUAAAAGGGAUUGGAGACAUUUUGAAAAUUGUUAGAAGCUGCCAGAGCCGAAUUCACCAUGCAUAGUUCUAGGGUUUGAUUUGUCUUGUUCAGAUGUGGAGAAUGCAUCCAUCAAAAUAUCAUGUGGCGUUUUGAAGACGCAGACUGUUUGAUCUGAAGAUUGCAAGGGUUUCGAAAUUUGAAGAGAAUUUGUAGUCUUUUACAAAAGAAAUGGAAAGAGGAUCAAGGUAUACAAGUCCCCAUAACUCGCAGGAGGACUGUCUUUGGUUAAGCCGAAGAAAAGGAAUAAUGAUUUUAUCUCCAACGAGGGAAGAGUCAAGAAGAGCUCAUGUUGGGCUCGCGGAAUUUUACUCUUCCGGUGCUAGGUCAGAAUUAGUAAAGAAUGAACGUUUUCCCACGUCUUCUGUUAAUAAAUUCAGACAGUCAUUCAAUGAAGCAGAAAGAGACUGCGAGUUCAGACUGGCAUCGCAUGAAGUGCCAAACCCUGACGAGUUAAUUAGCUCAUUAUCACACAGAGGGCAUUGUAGUAUUUAUUCUCCAUCUCAUCACUGUAACGCGGAAGAGGAUGUCUGCUAUAAUUGCUUUUCUUGCAUGCGAAACAAAGCCAUGGGCAAGGAUUUGGAAUUAACUGAAGACAAGAAGGAUAACCAAUUUGCUAGUAUGUGGGGAGAGGGUAUAGUUUUAGAUGGCUGUGGUAUUCUUCUAAAGAAGCCUAUUGUGUUGGGGGAUGGGAGAGUGAGGCCAUUUUUCUUAUUGCCUCCUGAGACUCCAGACUCAUUAUGCAACCCCAAAUCAUACGACGCAGAUAACAUACUUGGGAGUAAGAAGGUGACACCAUGUUCCAUUGGCAAUGCAGAUUUCGGUUACACUAAUUCAGUUGCAUCACAAUUUGGAGAAGAAUCUCAACUUCUUACAACAGAUAGCAGUUAUAAACUGCAAUGCGCCAGACUAUCACAUGGACAAGAUAAACUACAAUGCAGCAGAUCAAAUGGAGAAGUUUUUGAGAAGGAAGAAAGAGAUAUAUUUAAUUACUCAAGAAGAGCCGUUUAUCCGUUUAGCUUUUUACAGUCUGAAAUUCCUGCAGUAACAAGUGAAUCGUCUAGUUUACCUAGAGGUUUAUCAUAUGGUGAACAUACAAGUUCAUUACAUGCACGGUUUGAAGACUUUUCUAAUACAAAGUUGUGUGAAGCUAUUGCAAGUGAGAGACACGGGCAAAGGGAUACAUACAGUAGUGAAGCUAUUGCAAGUGAGAGACACAGGCAAAGGGAUACAUACAGUAAAGAGAAUAGCUCGGUGCUUCACACAGGGAAUUGUUCUAGCAAUGACUUUCCGCUUUAUUCAACAAGACAAGUGCAUGGUGGUGUGGUUGCUGCAUGCACAGAAAAUAUCAGGAGAGAUAGUUCUCAUAUUAUUCCAAUGCCUCAUGACAACUACAACAAAGGGAAGCACAUCCCAUGUCACAAUUAUAACGAUAGCCCCCAAAGGCAAGAAUCUUGGCAAUGUGGAUCUGUAAGACCACAUUCGGAUGUUCAAAUUAAUGAUUGCAUGGAAAAUACCACAAAUUUGAGGAAACACUUUAUAGGAGAAAAUGAAGAUAUGGCUGUACAGAAUGAUCCACUGGAUGAUCAUGGAGACAUAUAUAGGUCAUUCUCACCGAGGGCUAUUACCAGUGGUUUGAAUGGAGAUCUUUUCAGAUCGAGCAGAAGAGGCCUACCAUCUGUUUUGAGAGUGGAGGUGUCCAGGAGUCCUCUAACCAGACAUGCCAGGGAAGAGUAUUCAUUUGGAAAAAAUGAUUUUGUUAUGGAUUUCGAACAAGCAGCAAGGGAUCACUUUCCAGAGGCUGCUGUUGAUCUGCAUAAAUCCAGUUUGAGCUCACCGUCAAGAUCAAAGUUAUCUAUUGGAGGAUUGGACAAGCAUGGAUAUGAAAAAAGAGUUUUGAAGAGAAAGUAUAUUGCGGAGGAUAAUCACAGAGGUGGAUUACAACAGAGGCCAUUGAAUGACCAGGGCAGAUCAAGGAAGCUCCGAAAAAUGGAUCUCCAUGAGAAUGGAUGGGUAGAUAAAGAAGGAACUUCAAGGAGUUCUAUACAUUCACAGAGACACAGAAAUUUUGAUACUAUAUCCAUAUCUGUGAACAAUUCCUCUGAUAUGCAGAGAAAAAAAAUUUCUAAGUCAAAGCCUCAAAUUAAAUUCAGCAGUUCACUAAAUCUGAUGAAAAUCAAUUGCAACGGUGAGGAUAAAUCUGAUUACAGAAACUAUGAGCAAGAUAUUCACCAUCCUUGCAACUCUCAGAAACACAAAAGUGAGUGUAUUAAACAAGACAGGUUUUUGAAUAAAUACCGUGAAGAAAAUGAUCUGGUGAAUGAUAGGGAUCCUGUUCAGCUGUCUGACUUGCCUGAAGAUUCUGAGAAAUUCAAGCAAAAAGUUCAGAAAGCAUUCCUACGUUUUGUAAAAAUUCUCAAUGAGAAUCCAGGGGAAUGUAAAAUAUAUGAAGAGAACGGGAGAUAUGGAUCCCUACUUUGCAUCGUGUGUAGCAGCCUUUCAAAAGUUUAUGGGACGACACACAGCCUGGUUACGCAUGCUUUCAACUGUCAGAAAGUUGUCCUUAGAGCUGAGCACCUGGGAUUACACAAGGCGUUGUGUGUUAUAAUGGGCUGGAAUUAUGCUGUGGUGCCUGAUAAUGCAUAUGUUUACCAGUCAUUGGCGAAACCUGAUGCAAUAGCCAUUAAAGAAGAUCUUAUUCUAUGGCCACCAUUAGUUAUCAUUCACACUUAUACUUUUAAAAACAAGCAAGAUGAAUGUCAGAUCGUCACUAGCAAUCUGGAAAUGGAUGACAUUCUCAGAGAACUUGGAUUCAGCAGUGGCAAAUCAAAGGCCGUAGAUUGUAGUACUGCCAGUCGAGGCACAUAUGUAGUUAAAUUCUCUCCAACAUAUUCUGGUUUACAGGAGGCUCAGCGGCUGCACAAAUAUUGUGAAGAAAAACAUCGUGGAAGAAAUAAUUGGGUUCAACUUCAAUCUCAACAUAAAAGCCAACAAGGUGUUGGCAAAAAACCUCGUCAAUUGCAGGAUGACAGACAUGCGGAGAAUGGAAAGAUAUUUGGCAAAAAGCCUCGUCAAUUGCAGGAUGACAGACAUGCGGAGAAUGGAAAGAUACUUGGCAAAAAACCUCGUCAAUUGCAGGAUGACAGACACGCGGAGAAUGGAAAGAUACUUGGCAAAGAACCUUGUCAAUUGCAGGAUGACAGACAUGCGGAGAAUGGAAAGAUGUUUGGCAAAAAACCUCAUCAAUUGCAGGAUGACAGACAUGUGGAGAAUGGAAAGAUUUUCUAUGGCUACACUGGAAUUGCUGGGGAUCUAGAUAAAGUUGAUUUUGAUACUAAGAAGAGAUCUCUGGUGAAGAGUAGGAAGGAUAUAGAAGCUAUCGCAUGUGAUCCAGUUUUGGGAGCUUAGAUCCAUAAUAUUUCAAUACCUUUCAAGUACGCAUCUUUGAUGGGAUUUUCCCAAUUUAAUAUGUAUCUUCUUAGGUUAUAAGAAAAAUAAUAGGCAAGGGUGUCUUAGGCUUUAAUAGAUAACAAGCCAUCCUAGGAUGAACUAAAUAUUCUCAUAAUGAGUGGGAACAAGUUUUAUCACUGGAUCUUGUCUCCAAUGAAUUUUCAUCACGGGAAAAAGCGACUUUAUAUUCUAAUUUAUGUACUUUAUCCACUUUGGACUAUAUCUGGCACACGCAAACCUCAUUUUGAACAGUAGUCUGCAUACAGAGCUCAAGCCUCUAUCCAUGUUAUUAAGAAGAUAGAUUUCAUGUCC